AUGACCGACACCAUGGACAACACCAUAUGGGCGUCGCAGGGGUCACCUCUAUCAGAGGCUGUCAAAACUCUCACAUCCCCGCACAAGCUCGUCACUUGCAUGCUAUGCCUCCUCCUCGCCUGGCCAGUAGUAGCAAGCACCCUACGCAACCGACGCGUACGAAACCUCAACAAACAAUAUCCCUACCCAACCCGAGCCUCAAUGUCCAAAAUGACUGACGAACACGCCUUUCAAAUCCAAAAACAAAUCGCGCAACUCGAAUUCCCAUUCAUGUUCAUAAAGUCCCUCCAAUUCGCUUUAUUCAGGACCUACGGCAUCCCGACAAUCUCAAAGCUCCUAACAAAAACAAGCCAAUUCUCUAACCCAGUAACAUCCCUAAAACGCUACACAGACACAAGCACCCUCGUCCAAGAAAUGGUCGGCAACAAUCCAACAUCCAAACGCGCUUUCCUCGGUCUCGCGCGUACCAGGUUCCUACAUCGCGGGUAUAGAGCCUCUGGCCAAAUCCUCGAAGAGGACAUGCUCUACACGCUAGGAUUAUUCGCUCUGCAACCUAUCCAGUUUAUUGACCGGUUUGAGUGGCGUUCUUUGAGUGACAUAGAACGGUGUGCUAUUGGGACUUUUUGGAAGAGUGCUGGUGAUGCUCUUGAUAUUAGUUAUGAUCCGCUGCCUUCUGGGAAGAGUGGGUUCCGUGAUGGUAUUCAGUGGAUUGAGGAGAUUGAUGAAUGGUGCGAGGAGUAUGAGGCUCGUUGUAUGGUUCCCGAUGUCAAGAAUCGCGAGAUUGCGGAUCAGACGACUGCUGUGUUGGUUUAUAUGCUGCCGACGGUGAUGCAUUCUGUGGGGUUGCAGUUUGUUUCGUUUAUGAUGGAUGAGAGAUUGAGGAGGGCUAUGCUCUACGAUCCCCCAACCCCAUUCUGGAGUACGAUCUUCUCAAUCCUCCUAACAACCCGCAAGCUAUUCCUCCGCCACCUAAUGCUCCCCAGACCACACAUCCUGCGCUAUCAAUCGUUUACCGAAGAGCCAGAUGAGUUCGAGCGGUUCUUCCUGACAAAAUGGGAAGCCGCACCGUACUACGUCAAGCCGACGCUCUGGAACCGCUGGGGCCCGACAGCGUGGUUGACCUGGGCUCUUGGAAGACCUCUCCCUGGUGAUGAAGGUGAUAAAUAUUCGCCUGCUGGGUAUAGUAUCCCGGAUCUUGGGCCGAAGGGGUUUGAGGGGAAGGGCAGGAAGGAGUUGGAGGAAUUUAUGGGUCAAAUGAAGGACUAUCGGACUGGAAAAUGUCCUUUCCAUUGA